AUGCGACCUGGUAUCGGUUGGGUUGGAUAUUUUGCCUCGUUAAGUGGUGUCAUUCUUUGUGCAAUCCUUGCUGUAAUGAUCAUAGGCUCUAUGCAAUGGAUUCGACGAGGUGGUCACUUCCAAAUCUUCUAUUGGACUCAUUUACUGUAUUGGUCAUUCUUCGUCUUUCUUAUCGUUCACGCGGAAAACACUUGGGUAAGUCGAUGA